AUGGGACAUGAUAAAGAUUCAGCUCAAUCUGGAGAAGAAAGGGGAACAAAUUUCCAAAUCGAGACCAGAUCCCAGAAACACAAGAACGCAGGUACUGCAGAGCAAAAAGCAAAGGUGGCCCAAGAUUUUUAUACCUCCUUAUAUAGCCAAGAAAUUCAUCAGGAAGAUAAAGUUAAGAGUUAUCUCCAGAACCUACAAUUGGAGAUGAUUCCGGAUUACUGUAAAGAAAUUCUAAAUGCAGAAAUUACAGUUGGGGAAAUAGCAGAAGCUAUCAAGAAACAAGCCAAUGAACAUCUCAGGAAGCGAAGUCAGUCUGAUCCACUUCAAAGAUCUUGUUGCAGACAGAAGCAUUUGUACACAGAAAGAAGACACUCAUGGAAGAUGUUAGUAUUUGUGGAGUUGCUGUUAGUAGUAUUGCUUGAAGUGGUGUGCAAGAAUCCUAGCCUUCGAUGUGACUUUCAGGAGCCUCUUCCUAUUCGGCACACCUAUCAUCAGCUUGGAGACAUUAAUAUUGCUGGUAUUAUUUCUGUGUUCUCAACAUUUUCCGAUUCCAUUUCUUUUAUCCAUCAUCCUUCUCAGGAACUUCAAGAUGGGCUUAUAGUAUCCUUUCAGAAUUAUCAGCACAUCCUUGCCUUAGCAUUUGCUCUCAAGGAGAUCAAUGAAAGUACCCAGAUCCUACCCAAUGUCACUCUGGGCUUCCACCUUUAUAAUAGCAAUUUCAGUCCAAGUUGGACUUACCUUGCCUCAAUGGUGCUUCUCUUCACCCAGGGCAGAUUCAUCCCUAACUACAACUGUGGGGUCCCAAACUCUUUAGCUGCAGUCAUUGGAGGGCCUGACAUCUGUCUCUAUGUGGCAACUGUCCUGUGCAUCUAUAAAGUUCCUCAGUUGACUUAUGGCUCUGCCCCAGUCAUGGAUAAAGAGACUCAAGCAGUUUUCUUCCAACAAAUGUUUCCAGAUGAAUCCCACGAACGUAGGGGCCUCUUGCAGCUACUGCUGUAUUUUAGAUGGAUCUGGAUUGGAGUUCUUGUUGUGAAUGAUGACAAGGGGGAGGAAUUUGUACAGGAGAUGCUCCCCACAUUUUCCCAGCAUGGUAUCUGCUUUGAUUUCAUACAAAAGUUCCCUAAGGUAGAUUUUUACAUUGAUUUUAAUGAUCAAGUAGGUGAAGGAGUCCAUGUAUAUCAAGUUCUCAUGAACAGCACAGCCAAUGUUGUAAUCUUGUAUGGUGAAAUUGAAUCUAUAUCAUUACUUAGAACAUACCUCCAAUUGUCAGAAGUGGAGGAUAUACCAAAGAAGACAAAAAUCUUGGUUACAACAGCUCAAACAGAUUAUACUUCCAAUUCCUUUCAAAAAUUUUGGGACAUCCAUUUCCUACAUGGGGCUUUAUCAUUUGCAGUUCACACAAAAGAAAUCCAAGACUUCCAGGAAUUUCUUCAGAACCUAAAUCCAACCAAUAACCAGCAUGAUCAUUUUCGGAAAGAUUUCUGGGAACAGGCAUUUGGUUGUUUCUUCUCAAACUCAAAAACUGAGACAUCUGAGAAGAAAUGUACUGGACAGGAGAGCCUUGAAACCCUUCCAACAUCUGUGUUUGAAACACGCAUGAGUGGCCAGAGCUACAAUAUUUACAAUGCAGUCUAUGCUGUGGCACAUGCUUUGCAAUCAUUGUAUUUAUUCAAAUCCAGGGGAAAAACAAUAGCAAAAGACAGAAAGCAACAGUUUCAGAAUCACAAAUUGUGGUGGCAGCUUCAUUCCUUUUUGAGAAGUAUCUCAUUCAACAACACUGUUGGAGAAAAGAUUUCCUUUGAUAAAAAUGGGAAAAUCAUUGGUGGAUUUGAUAUUAUCAACUGGAUCACAUUCCCCAACCAGUCCUUUCUUAGAAUCAAAGUUGGAGCAAUAGAUCCUACAGCUCCUCCAGACAUGUUUUUCAACAUCUCUGUGGAUUUUAUCACAUGGCCAGUAGGCUUUAAUCAGGUACAACCUUUAUCUUUGUGUAAUGAUCCCUGUGAGGCAGGACACAGCAAGGCCAAGAAAGAAGGAGAGUCAUUUUGCUGCUAUGGUUGCCUUCUGUGUCCAGAAGGGAAAAUAUCAAAGGAGAAGGACAUGGAUAACUGCUCUCCAUGUCCAGAAGAUCAAUAUCCAAAUCCUGACAAAAAUAUGUGCAUUCCAAAGCGGAUCACCUUUUUGUCCUUUGAGGAACCCUUAGGGAUCAGUCUGACUGUUCUUUCCCUUUGUUUUUCUUUAAUGACAACUUUGGUCAUCACAAUCUUCAUGAAACAUAAAGAUACUCCUAUCGUCAAAGCCAACAACAGGAAUAUCACCUACCUUCUCCUAGUUUCCCUCCUCCUCUCUUUCCUUUGUGUGUUUCUGUUUAUUGGAAGACCUGAUAAGAUUGUGUGUCUUCUUCGACAAUCAGCUUUUGGCCUCAUCUUUUCUGUAGCAAUUUCUUGUGUAUUGGCCAAAACCUUUGUUGUGGUUCUAGCAUUCAUGGCCACCAAACCUGGUUCCAGAUUGAAGAAAUGGGUGGGUGGAAGAAUAGUCAGUUUCAUUCUUCUAUCCUGCUCCUUUGCUCAAAUAGGAUUUUGUGCUGUGUGGCUGAUAACAUCCCCACCAUAUCCAGAUUUUGAUGCACAGUCAAUGUCUGAAGAAGUCAUCCUGGAGUGCAAUGAAGACUCGGUCAUGUUCUGCUGUGUUUUGGGCUUUAUGGGUUUUCUUGCUCUGGUUAGUUUCUCUGCUGCUUUUCUAGCUAGGAAUUUACCUGACAGUUUCAAUGAAGCCAAAUUCAUCACCUUCAGCAUGUUGGUCUUCUGCAGUGUUUGGCUGUGCUUUAUUCCAACCUAUCUAAGCACAAGGGGAAAAUAUAUGCUGGCAGUCGAAAUCUUCGCUAUGAUCUCUUCAAGUGCUGGAUUAUUGGUGUGCAUCUUUUUCCCCAAGUGUUUUAUCAUUGUGAUGAGACCUGAACUGAACAAUAAACAUCAGCUGAUAAAAAGAAAGUUUUAG